CGGAGAGUGAUCCUGGCGCUGCUGGUCGGGGGCACGGUCCAGCAACAUGAUCCUUUGACGGACUUUUGUCGACGGUUUGCACAUCAGACUGCGGUGGUGGAUCGAAGGCUGUAUAUUGAUGGUGGAUAUGUGAACUAUAAUCCCUUGGCACAAUAUCCUGCCAAUGAAUCCAAUACUGGCCUACUCUACGCAGACCUCGACGUCGAUAAUAUAGGCAUGCCGCAGGAAUACGACAAUCUCACCAAGCCGGCCGAUGUACCCGACGUCGAUGGAGGCAUUCUCUGGCCGGAUACCGUCAACAAGCUACUAUAUCUCUACGGGGGCGAAUUCACCAAAGGGUCCCCGCAACCCUUUACAUCUUGGAUGUAUGACAUUAUCUACAAUACGUGGAACAAAACCACCGCUGAUCCUACACAAUCAUCCAUCCAACGCGCGAGCUUUGGAGCGGGCAUCGCCGUGCAAGAUCGCGCACUCGGCUUUUACUACGGCGGCUGGCUGUCGAAUAAUUCGAUACCCAACUGGGGUUCGAGACGGAUGGCAUUGUCCAGUUUCCUCACAUACGACAUGGUGCAGAAUACAUGGAGCAAUUCAUCAGGUCCGGACUCGGUCGGCCGCGCAGAAGGAGUGAUGGUUUAUAUUCCCGCCAGUGACCGCGGCAUGUUGGUAUACUUUGGGGGAGUGCAGACGCCGGAUCCGAAUGGCACGGUGAUUGCUCAAUCGUUAGAGGAUAUUCUGCUAUACGACAUUGCCAAUAGCAAGUGGUACACUCAGAAAGCCACGGGGCAGAUUCCACAGGAUCGGAGACGAUUCUGUGCCGGCGUGACAUGGGCAGAAGACAACUCGUCGUACAAUAUCUAUCUGUAUGGAGGGCUUGCUAUUCCGGAAGGGGUUGGUUACGAUGAUAUUUACAUCUUAUCGAUUCCAUCGUUCACCUGGAUCAAAUGGUAUCCUACCACGGCGGACCCCGGCUUCCCUCAUCAUUCCAUGACCUGCAAUGUCAUCGAUGGAGCUCAGAUGAUUGUCAUGGGCGGCACAUUCCCCAACAGCACCGCCUGCGACGUGCCCCAAAACUACGGCAUGCACAACAUGGAUCUGGGCAAGCAAAACCCCGAACAGAAGAAAUGGAUCCGAUUCCGACCCAACAUCACCACCUACGAGGUUCCAUCAGAGAUCAUCUCCGUCAUCGGAGGAUCCGCAACCGGCGGCGCGACCCUCCAAACACCCACCAACGGCUUCGACAACGCCGAUCUACAGACCUACUUCCAGCGCGUCUACACCCCGCAGACCCGACUACCCAACCGUGCGAUCCCCACCCAAUCCAGCACCAACACCACAACAUCCGCUACCCACUCCACCCCCGUCGGCGCCAUCGUCGGGGGCGUCAUCGGCGGAAUCACCGGCCUCCUGCUCCUCUCCGGACUCCUCCUCUGGUAUCUCCGCCAGCGCAAUCACCAAAACCAGCCACCUACCCCCGUCGAAACCCAACCAACCGAGACCAAAUCGCCC